AUGACGGCUGUGCUCGAAGCCCAGACAACUCCCCCCAUCCUGAUCGUCGAGGACCGGAAGGUGUUGCCUUUAGUCCUUGCCGCUGCCACCGCCAUGGUCAAGUCUUUCAUCGGCAAGGUGGUUAGCACCCCCUUUUAUGUCAACAAUGACUCGCCCGACCGUGACAAUGGAGAAACAUCUUACCAAUUCUCCCUCUUGAUGAAAGAUAACUCUUUCAUCAGCUUGGCCCCCCGCGAUUUCAUCUUUGACAUUGUCCCCCCCACCAACGACAAUGGAUCCAGUAAGUAUGAGUUGGACGUGGCCCUCAACACUCUUGUGACUAAGAUCAACUUUGAAGAGACAAAUGGAAAGCCUAAGACCCCCGAGUUUAAAUACAUCGUGGGAAAGAGCAUCUACCAUGUCAACCCUCGCACUACUAAGGAGGGCGGUGGUGUUCCGGGACGUGUGUUUGCUAGUAAAGAGGUACUCAUCUCAGCCGGUACUUCCAACACUCCGCAGUUUCUCAAGCUAAGUGGUGUCGGCCCCGCUUCGGAAAAUUUUAAUCGUUCGAUAUCCCUGUAA